GCAUAAAGAAUACAGUUUUUCUACGACAACAUAUAUGAAUUCAAUCUAAAUAAUAUAUUAAGAGAAAAAAUGUUAUGGUACUAAAAAUUAAACAAAACGAACAAAUUUUAAUUAUUAAAUUUUAUAACUUGUAUUUAUUUUUCAUUUAUUUCAUGAAACGUGAAAACGAGUUCCUUCAGUUUUUAAAAAGCAAACAUUAGUGGAAAGGUUGGACUAAGGGCCAGGAUAAAGAACUAGUUUUCUCGACCACACAUCUCUGAUGGAUUUAAUAAUCUUGAUUAAGAACUUUCUGGAGACAUAUACGUGUCUGAUCACAAUAAUUUUGAUUUCGGUUCCAUGAGAAAGGACAUGAAAAAGUGAUCCAAACCGUUCAAGGAUCCAACUUGUUCCAAAAAACAUAUAUAUGUAUUUCUAGUUUUUGUGUUAUAUUCAUGCUACAAAGUUAUUUAAAAAAUUCUGUAACCCGAGAUAACAUAUGUCUCGUUAAAAAUGAAGUUCCAAGAGUUUUACAAACUCUUACCGUACCAAUUAAUCCUAAUCGAUUUAUACCUCAUAAAAUAGAAAUUUUAACAGAUUUAAAUAACAAGUGUCUACAAAAUGUAUCCUUAUUCGAUCACAAUAUUUAUAAUUUGAUUACUAGUUUUCUCGAUACAUUAAUGAAACCAAUAUGUUUUGUGGCACAUAAUGGAAAGGAAUUUGAUUAUCCAAUUUUGUUGUCCGAAUUAGAGUACAUUGAUAAGUAUUUAGCAGAAGACAUUCUAUGUGCAGAUACAUUACAUUUAUUCAAAGAUUACUUUACGAAAUGUAGUCAUAACCAAGAAGAAGUCGAUAUUUCAAUGGUGGAAAAACAUAUGGAAAAUAUCAAUAUAAAUCAAAAACCACCUAAUUUUAAAUUGAUAACAAUAUAUGAACACUUGUUAAAAGUUCCAGUAACCAAAAAUCAUGAUUCACACAGUGAUUGUAUUAAUAUGUUAAAAUGUGUUUCUUGUAUAAAAGAAUAUUUUGUAGAAUGGUGUGAUAGUAAUGCGGAACCAUUAUUUAAAAUGAAAAAAAAUUAAAAUAGCAAAAAAUAUUUUAAGGAAUAAUAAUUUUAAAGUGUAAUUAUUGA